UAUAUAAAUGAUUGUCGCGGUAUAUUCAAGACAUAAAUUUAUAAAUACAUAUAGUGGUUUUCAUGUAAAAAUAAAUAAAUUUAAUAAGUUCUAUACAUAAAAAUAUAAAAUUCUAAUUGAAAUUUAAAAAAAGAAAUUAAAAGUUCUUCUAAGAGAAAAAAUACAAUUUAAAAUAAAAAUUUAUGUUCAAAGUGACGUCACUUUUUGGUGAUUGUCGUCUCUAAUGUUUGGAAUGGAAUUCUCUAGUUUUGCAAAAUAUUUUUUAACUUCAAGGUUAAAUGAAUUUUUGUAAAUGUAUUUAUAAUCAUAAAUUUAAAAAAAAAUAUACUUAUUUAAUCGUAAUAUAUUCUAUUUCUAAAUAAAGAAAAUUUUGACAACUUCUUACAAGUAAAUUUGUAAAAAAGUUAAAUUAGAAAGAUACAUAGGUAAUAUACAUGUAUUAUGUAUUUAUAACUACCUACGCAGUGAGUUUACAAAUUUUCGAGACUACACAAUAACUUUAUGGUACUAAUAACAAAAAAAAUUGAAAUAAAAUUUAAACUCAUUAUAAAUACAUAUUUAUAAUAAUGUAAAAUUUAAAAUUAGUAAUAAAAGUAAAAUGUAUUAAAAAAAUUUAAUGCGGUAAAAAAUUGAAAAAUCUAUAAGAUAAUUGAGUAAAUUUAAAAAAAUAUUUUUAGUAUCAGCUGUGAGAUAGGUCAACCAAGUACCUACGUAGUUCUAAAUUAUAUAAGUGUAUCAUUAAUUUAUAUAUUUGUAGAAUUAUUAAACGCUCAUUCAUACGAAAUAUCCUACAAGCUUAAUAUGUAUAAGAAAUUUUAAUAACAAAUUAAAAUUUUUCUUUGAAUAUUGUGAAUAGUUUCAUGAUUUUGCAUUUGUCGUUUGAUUGUAUUUACGAACGCUUUUAAAACGCAAAUAGUACGCUAUUUUUUUUUUUUUUUGAUUUUUUAAAAAAUUAAAAAUAAUAUUCGAUUAAAAAAUUAAAAUUUUAUACCCAACUAAUACAAAAGUAAUAAAAUAUGGGAAGUGUUUGGAAACGCCUUCAAAGAGUUAAUAAGCGUGCCGCUAAAUUUCAGUUUACUGCCUCAUAUCAUGAAUUGAGAGUGGAAACAACAGCAAAAUGGCGUCCAACAAAUUUAUCUGUAGUAUGGACAAGGCGUUCAAGACGUGUUGCAUCAGUACCAUUAGCAUGGGAACCUGAUAUGAUGAGUCCAUUAAUUGGUCAUGUAUCAUGGCCAGUACCAGAUAAUCAUGCAAUUACAGUUACUUUAUUUAAAGAUCCAAGAACACAUGAAUUAGAAGAUAAGGAUUGGACUUUUGUUAUAGAGGAUAUCACACAAAUGGGCAAAAAGCGGGUCUUAGCCUCAGCUAGUAUUAAUAUGAGAAAAUAUGCUAGUAUAGAAUCAACACAACAAAGUUUUACAUUAAAUUUGAAACCUUCAUCGAGGAAAAUUACUUCAGCUAAUUUAGAAUUAACAAUAAGUUGUGUAUUUUUAAGAGAAGGAAAAGCAACAGACGAAGACAUGCAAAGUGUAAUAUCUAUGAUGUCUGUUAAUAAUAAUUGUGAUGUAGCACCAUUAGAUGAUCUUGAAGAUAUACCUGAUUUAGAAAGUGAUAUAUCUGAUCAUGUAUUCGAUUUUACACAACAACUUGAACAAUUAACAAAUAGUUUGAAUGGUCCAAUUGAUUUACCAACACCAAUGAGUGUUCCAUCAUUAUCAGAAGAUCCAACACCUCUAGCUGAAAGUAAUAAUGUAGGUUUUGAAUUAGAAUUAGAUAAAAGUUCACCAAAACAACAGCAAAAACAAAGACAACAGCAACAACAACAUCAAUCUGAGUUGAUAGAACAACAAAAAAAUCAACAAAAAAUACAAAAACAACAGCAAUUAUACCAUCAGCAAGAGCAUCAAAAAUCAUCAAAUACUUUAAAUCCAGAUCAAAACAUAAAUCAACAGCAGCAAUUAUUAAUUACACCAGUCAAUACAAAACCACCUGAUGAACUAGAUAAAGUUAAUACACCGAUAAUAAAUACAGAACUAAUUGAAGACUCUAAAUUAAAUAACAAAUUUAAGAGUAAAGAACCAGUUAAUUCAUCAUCUAUUGUAAAAGAUGUGAAAAUUCCAGAUGAUAAAAUUGAAGUGAUUGUUAAUGAAACUAAGAAUUCUGAUAAUAAAAAAUGUUCAGAAAUUCAAAUUAAUUUAAUAACCAGUGAUAAACCUAGUCCUGUAAUUGUUACUACAAAUUCUACUAAUAUUACGAAUCCUAAAAUAAUUAAUAAUUCUAAUCCUCCUAAUUCAGAAAAUAUAACAGAAAACCGUAAACAAUCAAUUCCUGAAGCUCGUGAUACAAAACGAUCUGAAUUAUUACCAUUGAAUUUACGAAAAAGUUAUGAAAAUACUGAAAUUAAUAAUAAAGUAGUUGAAAAAAUUAAUUUAAAAGAGAGAACACCUGGUCAAGAUUUAUUGGAAUGGUGUAAAGAUGUAACCAAAGAUUAUCCUAAUGUUAAAGUAACUAAUUUAACAACAAGUUGGAGAAAUGGAAUGGCAUUUUGUGCAAUAAUUCAUCAUUUUGAGCCGGAAUUAAUAGAUAUGUCGAAGCUUUCAACGCAUGAUGUCGUAGGUAAUUGUCGUAUUGCAUUUGACGUUGCAGAAAAAUUAGGUAUACCACGCGUUAUUGAACCUCGUGAUAUGAGUUUGUUAGCAGUACCAGAUAAAUUAGCUGUUAUGACAUAUUUACAUCAAUUAAGAGCUCAUUUCACUGGCAAACAAUUACAAAUCGAACAAAUUGGUCAAACAUCAGAUGAAUCAAGUUAUGUUAUUGGAAAUUAUAAAACUGAUAAUUUAUCACAAAAUAUUUUAAAUUUGAAUAUGAAUCAUUUAAAAAUGCAUUUUCAACAUAAUUCAUUAGAUGAAAUUGUUCAAGUUGGUGAAAAUGGUGAUAAUAAAUCACCAACAUCUAAAAAAGAUGUAAAGAAUUUAAUAUUAUCUGGUUCCAAGAAUUUAUUGGUAAAAGUUUUAUCACCAACAAAAGACAAAAAUGCCACGAAUGCCUUGCAUCAACAACAUCUACAUAAUCAAGUAAAUCAACAACAGCAACAUCAGUCUCAAAAUAAUCGUAAUUCUGCAACAAUAAAUAAUACAGGGACAGCAAUUCCGGCCAAUAAUAACGAUAUAAAUAAUAAAAACAAACCAAUUUUAAUGACAAGACGACAAUUAACGGAUCCGUUUGGUAGCGAUGAUGAAGAUGAUAAGAAGGAAAAGAUUAUUACAAAAGAAUAUGGACAAAUUGACAAUCAGAAAAUUAAUUCAGAGAAUUCAUCGGAAAUUGUAAACCCACAGUUAGAUCCUCUAACAGCAAAUAAAUUACUUUUGCGACAUAAAGAAAUGACUGAAAAAGCCAAAGUAAUGAUGGAAAAAUUAAGAAUUUCCCAAGAAAAUGGAAAAAAUGACAACGAUGAGGAACGGCAACAAAGAUUACGAGAACAUGCUCGGCGAUUGAUAGCUGAAACACGUCUAAAAUCUCACAGUUUAGAUAGCCCAACUUCACCGAUUAAACAACGACCAGUAUUGUCACCAGAACGUACUAUUUCACCUAUAAAUGUUACUGAAGGAUUUGUGUUUAAUCAAAUAAAUGGAGUUGGUAGUCAACAUAACUCACCACAAAAAUCGCCAACAAAACGUAUUACACCACCUCGAGACGGUAGUGUUGGCAGUCAAUAUUCAAUAGAAGUUAACAACAAACAUUUAAUAAACGAUGACAACUCGAAAUUAAGCCCUAGUCUUAAAUUAAAUAACAAUAGUAAUAAUAAUGAAUUGCAACAUAACAACAGUCCCUUACAAUCAUUUAAUUCUAUACUAGAUAGGAUUUCACCAAAGAAUGAAAAAAGAGGUGAUAAACUUUCAUACAUAGAGAGCGAAUUAGAAGCUUUAGAACGUGAACAAGAAGCAAUUGAUCAAAAAGCUAGUAGUUUAGAAAAGAAAUUACGUGCUGUGAUGGGUGAUGGAAAUUCAAGUAAUAAAAAUUAUUCAAAAUAUUUUUUAAAAUUAUUGCGUCCUGGUAGUAGUUCAAAUAGUGUUGGUGGUGGUGGUAGUUCUAGUUGUGUUAAACCAAAAUAUAAUAAUAGUAACGAUAAUAGUAAUAGUUUAAAUAAUAGUGAAAAUAAUUAUUAUAAUAACGAUGAUAAUACUGAUGUUGAUAUUGAUAUUUCGAAUUCAGAAGAUGAUGAUGAUGAUGAAUAUGGUAGUGGUUAUCAUACAGCUAGGAAUAGUCGCGCGUCAAUAUUUGAUGAAUAUUCUAGUGAUUCAAUGUUUUUAAGUAGACGUCGUAAAUCAAGAAGUCGUUCAAAAUGUGAAGAGGAAGAAUCAGAGGAACAACUUUUAUCACAAUGGUUUACAUUGGUGAACAAAAAGAACGCCUUAUUGCGAAGACAAAUGCAAUUGAAUAUUUUAGAACAAGAAAAUGAUUUGGAACGUAAAUAUGAGUUGCUUAAUCAAGAACUACGUGCUGCAUUAUCUGUUGAGGAUUGGCGUAAAUCGGAAGCACAACGUAAACGAGAAGACUUAUUACUUGAAGAAUUAGUAGAGAUUGUAAAUAAACGUGAUCAGUUGGUGCAACAUUUACAUAGUCAAGAAAAAGCAAUCGAGGAUGACGAUAAAAUUGAGCGCGAAUUGGAAAAUGUUGAUAUUAGUGGCAAAGACAAAUGUAUUUUGCAAUAAGUUUUUAUACGUUCGUCAAAAAUAUACAAAUGGAAGGAAAUGACUGGAAGGAUUUCAAAAUUUAAAUGCAAAACUAUUGAAUUCUACUUAAAAAUUAAUUUGAUGAAACUGUAAAAACUACAGUAAUUUAAGAAAAAAAAAAGACUUUUUUUAAUUUUUAAAUGAGCUCAGACUUAUUUCAACUAUAGCUACUUUUAUUUUGAAAUAUUUUUUUUAUAGUUAUUGAAAAAUAUUUCAAAAUACAAAUUUGUCUAAAUAAACAAACAUAACAUAAUAUUUUUUAAUAAAAUUGCUAAACUGCUUUAUAACGAAGAAACUUUCAGUUAAUUUAGUUUAAUUUUCUUUUGCAUAGCACAACCAUUAUUGGUAUUAGAAAUAUGUACUAGCUGUGUAUCAGAUGUGAUUUAUUUGAGUUAAGAUUCUUUUCUAAGCUUCUUUUAUUAAUUUUUUACUUCUAUUUCAAUUUGAAAAGUAAUUAUGUUGCAUUAUAAAAUUUCAUUGCUUGGUACAAAAGAAAUUUAUUGCGUCAAUCGUUAAAAUUCUCGUUUCUUUUCUAU